ACUAAUUAUGGAAGCACGUGGUGUUAUUUCAAUUUUAAUAUUAAUGUUAGGAAAUUUUUAUCUAACAUUUGCAGAUACUAAAGAUUUUUGUAAAUCAGAAAAGAUUUUAACGAAACGCCUUGAUACUAAAUGUGUUUUGUGUUCUAAUAAUAUAAAUACCGAAUGCCCGAGGAAUGCCACAAAAUUAACAAGAGACAAUGGGCAGAAGAAUUGUAAGUUAAAUCUUAAUAUGGGGAAUAUAACGAACCCAAGGAUUAUUCAAAUGGCGGGAUGUUCACAUACUUGCUUAGAAAAAAUAUCCGUCCCGUAUUGCUGUGAUGGAUUUUACGGCCCAAACUGCUUUGCAUGCCCGAAAUAUAAUUGGAAAACCUGUAAUAACAAAGGUACCUGUAAUGACACCAUUACCGGAAAUGGAGAGUGCGCAUGUCAAGCAAACUUCACUGGUUAUGCCUGCGAAAAAUGCGUGGAAAGCAAUGUAUAUGGCGAAAACUGUAAUGAAACCUGUAGCUGUGUAAACGGAGUCUGUGACAGUGGAAUUCAGGGUUCCGGAUUAUGUGAGUGUUUCUCGGGUUGGAAGGGAGACCUCUGUGAUGAGGAAAUUUCUGGUUGUGACUAUAAGAACUGCAGUGAGAACUCACGUUGUAUUGAGGUGGCAGGAUCUAAUUACACCUACUGCUCCUGUAAUUUAGGAUAUGAAAGGGACAUAAAUGCGACAGAGCACACCUGUAAUCCCAUUGAUGUAUGUGCAAAAGGUAAACAUGAAUGUAGCGAGAACGCAACCUGCAUUUUUCUUGGAGCCUCUCAAUAUAACUGCUCCUGUCUAGAGGGGUUCCGAGGGGACGGUUACGUCUGCACACCCAUCGAUCCCUGUCGAGAUUUUUACGGGGGAUGUAACUUUACCACCUCAAUAUGUACAUAUCGCUCUCCUGGUGUGAGAGAAUGUGUUUGCAAGACUGGUUACGAGAGUUCCUCCGAACAGAAGUGUGAGCUCAUCAAUCUAUGCUUGACCAAUAGUAGCCUUUGUGACAAAAAUGCAGAUUGUGAAAUGAUUGGUCCGCUGGAACACGAAUGUGUCUGUCAUGAAGGUUAUGCAAGUGAUGGAAAAGUAUGUUUUAACAAUCUAAUGGGGUUGAUAGAAGAUAUUCAUAACGACGAUCCUACUUUGGAGUCUAAAAUGACCUGGGCCAUCAAAUUGGUGAAGAAUAUUUACCACGAUGAGUUCCGCUAUCAUGGUCCAUUCACCGUCUUCCUACCAACGGACUUUGGAUUCCGGACCAUUUACAGGAAAAUGGAUAUAGAAGAGUUUCUUAAUGAUACAGACACAGCUGGCCAGAUUUUACGACAACAUAUCAUUAUCGGAAAGUGGACUAUGGAGAAUCUUACACGAAUGAAUACAUUUUAUACACUACAAGGGAAAGAGGCUGAAAUCCAAACAAAAACACGUGGAGAUAUAACAUACCGGUAUAAAUUAGGCGGAUCUCGGGUGAAAUCCUCAGUGGUCAAACAAAACAUGAUAGCCUCUAAUGGAAUAAUCCACGUAGUCCAAAAACUACUCACAAAUCAGCCAGAUGUCAAGGGAGACAACAAGAAAUCUAUCUUUACAUUGUUAAAAAAGGACAGACGAUAUAACAUUAUGGAGUCUUUAAUUGUGAGAGCUGGUUUAGAAUCAGAAUUUGAACAGAACGGUAUCACUGUUUUCGCCUCCAGUAAUAGCGCUUGGAACAAUUUACCACACGGAGCUAUGGAUUACCUUAAAAGUGAAGAGGGUCAAACUACACUGAAGUUAAUUUUGAGACAUCAGAUUGUUAAUGAAACGAUAGAAGUGGCAGAUUUAAUCAAUAGAGGAACAAUAAGAACUCGCAGUCAGUCACUUGUAGCAGUUUUAGUAACAACACAGGGACAAAUACGCUUAGAUAGGGAAACCAACAUCACACAGACUGACAUACCAGCAUCAAACGGCUUGUUUUAUCACAUGGACAACGUUCUUCUGCCAAUAGACCAAGAGAAAAUCUUGCCUGGAAUCUGUAGUUAUUUUAAUACCACUCACAAAGAAAGGGGAUACUGCAGACCGUGUUAUGCUACUUUGGAGUGCGAGAAAGGAAUUCCUACAGGUGAGGUAGAAUCCUGUGAUCUCAGGAAGGCUCAGAUUUCCCGGGACCCAGAUACGGGGAAGAUCUUAGAUUUCUUUUUCAUCAAGAGUGCAGGAUGUGUUUCAGUUUGCAACGCAACAAAAAUGACCCCUGUGUGUUGUUCCGGAUACUAUGGAGAUAAAUGUUCUAUAUGUCCAGGGGAAUAUAAAAAUCCGUGUUCAGGAAAAGGACAGUGUGUGGAUGGAUUAAGUGGUAAUGGUACUUGUAUCUGUGAUGAGGCUUUUAUAGGACCCGCCUGUGACAGAUGUUCAGACGCCAAGAAAUUCGGGCCAGGAUGUAACAAGACAUGCACAUGCGUACACGGGAUUUGCAACAAUGGACCUGAAGGUGAUGGAAAAUGCAAGUCUUGUUUCCGGAGCUUUUGGCCGAUUAAAUACAGAGGGGAAAACUGUGAUAUCGUGUCUACGCCAUGCCUAGGUAGUCUACAUCUAUUGCCCUGUCAUAUUGAUUCUUCAUGCGUCCGAAAUGGAUCAUCUUUUCGCUGUGUAUGUGACCGUGGUUACGAGGGAAAUGGUGCCGUAAAAUGUACUCCAAUUAAUCCUUGCGAAAAAUCCGGCAGAGGCGGAUGUCACAAACAGGCUGUGUGUAAGAUGGACGGACCCGGUGACAACACUUGUACCUGCAGUGAGGGGUGGGCAGGGGAUGGGAAAUAUUGCUACCCAGGGUCCGAAUGUGGGGAUCACCAACACUGUCAUAAGUAUGCCUCCUGUAAGACUGUCCCCUCACAUAACAAGUCCCUGUGUUGGUGUAAUGACGAUUUUCAUGGCAAUGGAACAUAUUGCAUUCCAAAUAACAUAUGUAAAUUUCAUAAUGGAGGUUGUCAUUCAAAGGCUAAUUGCACACCAUUAGGACCAGGGCUAAAUAACUGCACCUGUAUGGAAGGAUAUGCUGGAGAUGGGAUUUUCUGUAUGCCAACCAUUAACGAACUCAUUCUCAACCACCCAAACCUAACCAGACUUGCUGCAUUUAUCAAACUCUUAGAAGAAGACAGCAUUCUUCAGUAUUUUAUGGACACCUACACAUUCUUUGCGCCAACAGACGCCGCCAUGGAUUUUCUAAUCAGAAGGCGGGAAAAGAGUUUCUUUUCUGAUAUUGAUAAUGUUCUUCCUUUCAUAAAUUACCAUACAGUUCUGGGACAGAAUCGACUGGAGGAUUUACGUUCCUCAGUGAAUGUGGUAGACCGCUACAAUACUUUGUCUGACGGUUUCUUCCUACACUUUAAAGUUGACAAUGGGACGCUCCUUCUUUCAACAAAUAACAGAUUUGCUAUAACAGCUCGAGUAAUAAAAAGCAAUCUGAUAGCUGCCAAUGGAUAUGUCCAUAUCAUAGACCGGGCUCUUGAACCAGAGUUAGAAAACAGUGGACUACCAACACUUGAAGAUUUUCUGAACAGCAGCUCUGACACUACCAUCUUCGCUAACUGGCUUAGGACAAAAGGAUUAGUCGAUGAAAUCAUGGAUAUGAACCAGUAUACGUUAUUUCUUCCAAUUGAUGAAAAGUUUGAAAUGGAAGAACUCCCAGCAACAUAUAUAACUAGUAACUACCUUCGAUAUUACGUCCUACCUGUGAUCCGCUUGGCUGAGUCUUUCGACGAUAAGGAGUCCGUAGAAACAGUUCUUGGAUCGAAGAACAAGAUCUACAUUGAAAUUUAUGGUACAAAGAUUUUUCUGAACACCGAGCGUAUGAUUGUUCACAGUAAUUUUUUGACGGAUGGGGGCGUAGUUCAUAAAAUUGCUGGAUAUAUACAUCCUAAUCUAAGAAUAUGUGACGUCAUCAAUAGAACUGUUAUACAUAGCGCAUGCGUUCCCUGUGAGGUUGGCCAUUACCAGUGUGCCAAUGGAUAUACAUUGGAAGCCGCCACUGUUACCAAGGGCUGCAUAUAUGCCAGUGCUGAGGCACAAUACAAAGGCUGCAGCGCCCUCUGUUCAAGGCAAGAAAAGGUUGUUGGAUGUUGUGCUGGUUUUUAUGGAAAAAGUUGCUCAGCUUGUCAGGGCGGAUCCGAGUUUCCUUGCAACAAUAAUGGGAACUGUAGUGAUGGGAUAGACGGUGACGGCACGUGCACGUGUUUCCCAGGGUACACCGGAACUUCCUGUCAGCUGUGCAUCAACAGUACCGACAAUACGACCACUGAAUGUGCUAGAUCCUGUGCCUAUCACAACGGUGGCUGUCAUGAAAACGGGACGUGCCAUGAAUACGCCGGAAGUGUGACGUGUGCUUGUCCCCAGGGGUUUGUGGGGGAUGGACAUCGCUGUGUGAGACCUUGCGAGGAGAACAACGGAGGGUGCCACGAAUUUGCUCUUUGCAAAGAACUGAAUGAGAAUACAACAGAGGUGGAUUGUUUCUGUCAAAGUCAGUACAAGGGCAACGGUCUGGAUUGCACAUUGAUACCAGAGAAACAAUCUGCUAGCAUAACGGCGGGUAUAACCGUGGGAGGACUCAUUGGGUGUAUCAUCGUCGUCGGAUUAAUCAUUUUACUCAUCAUUGCAAUUAGAAGACGUAGACAUUCAACAUCAUUUUUAACGAAAGAGAAAUUGGGCAGCACUGAGUCUUUUGAGAAACUGCAUCCCACCCCCGCAGGAGAGGAAAAUUACAUCGCCUUGCAACCGUCCCCUCCCUCGGAGGUCAAGUUCGACAACCCAAUGUACAGCGUCAAAGACCGAUUUGUUGACGAGGAUUCCUAAACUUUGCGUAUAGUAAUCCGUGCCAUAGACGUGAUGUAAAGAAGUUGCGUUACAGUUUUUUUAUGUUGGGUUUUUUUUCUUAAUUUUUUCUCUUAUUUUUUUUUUUAUAUAUAAAAGUGAAGAAAAUAUGACUUUAUUAUGUUGUUCAUGAUUGAAAUGAGUAUGACUUUGUGAUGCUAACUGUAUUGAAUUUAUGGAUGCUUGCCUCCUUUUUUUUUUAGACAACAUGGAGAUUCUUAUAUGUCUCGUUUUAUGUCUUCAUCUUGUUUUUCACAUAUUACCGGUUAUUUUAUGACCAUAAAAUUGUCUUUAAAAGAUGCAAUAAAUCAUCAAAUUAAAA